AUGGAGAAGGUCCAAUACAUAACCCGCUCUGCUCUGAGGAGAGCCUCAACUAUUGAGGUGAACCCACAAGCACGACAAAGGCUCCAAGAGCUCUUUGUGAAUUUCUGCCUGAUUUUAAUUUGCCUCUUGCUGAUCUGUAUCAUUGUGAUGCUCCUCUGAAGUUCCAGCACUUCCCUGCACUGUCCUCUAGGAGAGUCACCCCCAGAGGGAAGACACCUGCACUGCAACUCCCAAUGCAAGGAUCCUCUUCUGACAGGGGCUAGCACUUGGACUAGAGCUGUAUGCCAACUAUCGCACUGUCUCUU